GCAAGGCAUUGAUUUGAUUAUUAGAGAGAUGGUAUGGUAGUGCUAUUGCUCUCAUCUCAUGCAGCCCUGAGCAGUGACCACUGCACAGAGAGAAGAGUAGGGACCAACCCCCUCCAUUUUUCUAUCUUUUAUUUACCAAUCACACACAGACAACUAAACAGAGAAACAAGUCCCCUGCAUUCAUACAUUAUAUACCUUUGAUUUCAAGUAGAAAAAUUGUCAUCUCUCUUUCUUUCUUUGUCUCUACAUACACUGAUGCAUGUCCUUCUUGCUCCUUAACAACUUCCUUCUUCACACAAAUUAAGGCUUUGUUUUAUUUCUUUUAAUAAUGGAGUUUGAGCUUGAGAACCCCUUUGAUGAGAACUACCAUAACCUUCCCUUUGAAGCUGUCUCCUCCCUCUUCCACAUUGAAUCUGAACACAUCCCUCCCUCCAAUUACUUCCACACUCUCAAGGCCACUGAUUUUGAUAUCUCUCUUAGAACACAUCUCAUUUCCUUCAUAUCACAGUUGUCCUGCACCUUUGAUCCGGUUCUGCCUUACCUUGCUACCAACUAUCUAGAUCGCUAUCUUGCCAACCAACCCAUAUUGCAACCAAAGCCAUGGACCAACAAGCUUCUUGCAAUCUCUUGCUUCUCUCUAGCUGCUAAGAUGUUAAAGAUAGAGUAUUCUCCCACUGAUGUUCAGGUUCUUGUGAACAAUCAUGGUGAUGGUGGUGUCAUAUUUGAGGCACAAACAAUACAAAGAAUGGAGGCUAUUGUGUUGGGGACACUACAAUGGCGCAUGCGUUCCAUAACACCAUUCUCAUUCAUCCCUUUCUUCAUCAACUUGUUGGGCAUCAAUGACCCUUCAUUCAACCAGGUACUCAAAGAUAGGGCCUCCCAGAUCAUAUUGAAGUCACAAACAGAGAUAAAGGUUUUAGAAUUCAAGCCAUCUGUAAUUGCAGCAUCAGCUCUACUGUCUGCUUCACAUGAGUUGUUUCCCUUUCAGUAUCCAUGCUUCUUUCGAGCAAUAUCUGAUUCUUCAUAUGUAAAUAAAGAGAGCAUGUUGCAGUGCUAUAAUGUGAUACAGGAAAUGGGUAGAGAGGAGUACGAAUCAUCUGUGUUGAAUGUGAAUUCAAGUUCAGACACACCGGUUAAUGUAUUGGAUGAACAUUUUCUGAGCUUGGAAGAAAGUGAAAAAACCAACAUUGCUCCCACCACACACAAUAAGGACCUCAAAAGAAGAUCAAAGUUCACUGCUUAUGGUAACAACAACAACAACAACCACUCCCUCCAUUCUCACCAUCAAUGCUAGCUGAGAAAUUAUAACACAACAAGAAGAUAACAUCAUCACUUAUUAAUUAAUCCUCCUCUUUCUGGUCCAUUCUGAGAGUGAUUAAUUAAUGUCUUUAAGGACAAGAUAUAUAAUAGGGUGAGAUAUUGAGAGAGCAAUGUACUGAUCCAUGAGUAAAUAGUUUGAUGGACAGAAUCACUGUAACGUGAUCUUGGUACGGCCCUUCAUUUAAAUCUCUGCUGCUUCAAACAAAAAGGAGAGCUAUGGGAAGAUAAGAUAUCUAAGUUUCUUUUUUUUUCUUUUUUUUUUUCUUUGGGUUUUCUUGGAGACCAAACAAAAAGACAAAACAUAACUUUGAAUUGUAGGGGUUGAAUUUUUGUGUGUCUGUUUUGUAGUUAAGUGUGGUGGUGGUUCUGUC